CCCCGUGGUCACGUGAUCCAAACAAUAGCGCAAGAUGGCGGCGCCUAUCGAGAGACUGCUGAAUGAAAUCCGCGAGUCCGAAGAGCCGAUCGAGGAGCUUAAGACUCUCCGGACGGCCGUGUUUGCUACACCCGCGAGCGGCCUCAGAGAGACGUUGUCCGGGCCGCGACUGGAGGUUUUAUUCGGCCUUCUGAGCACCAAUGACAAAGAGCAGAUAGAGGUGUGCGUGGAAAUCCUGGGUCACGUUCUUCAGGCAUUAGAACCCGUGCAGCUGGCACAGAACUACAAGACUGCGCUUCACAGCGGACUCAACCAUCCGGAUGAUUCUGUCAAAAUUCUCACCCUCACACAGAUCGGCCGUGUUAUUGGUCAUGCGGACGGAGCGACUCAGAUGCUGAACAGCUCAGAAAUCCUGCGUGAUGUGAUUCAGUGCAUCAGUAUAGAGCGCAUCGCCGUGGCUGAAAAGGCGAUAGCUGCCCUCCGUAUGCUCAGCAACACAAAGGUGGGGCUUGAUGCUCUGUUCCGCUCCGAUUUGCUGAACAAACUGAAGGAUGUGAUGAGUACCAGUGACAUCAUCAGGUACAGAGUGUACGAGUUGAUAGUGAAGGUGUCAGCGGUGUCUCCUGUAUCUCUUGGUUACUGUGUCAACAGCGGUUUAAUCUCUCAGAUGCUUGAGGAACUGACUGGAGAUGAUGUUUUGGUCAGAGCAACUGCGAUGGAGAUGAUCACCCUUCUAGCUGAAAGCCAGCAUGGCCGUCAGUAUCUGGCACAGCAAGGCAUCAUGGAUAAAAUCUCAAACAUGAUCAUCGCGGCAGAGUCCGACCCCCUCUCCAGCCUUUACCUGCCAGCACUGGUGAAGUUCUUUGGCAAUCUUGUGAUCGUGGACAGCCCUCAGCAGGUGUGUGAGAAGUACCCGGUUUUCCUCGAGGUGGUCUUCUCAAUGGCAAUUAAGCUCGAUCCCACAUUGACCCCUAUCGCCGUGGAUACCCUAGGAGAACUGGGAAAAACUGUGGAGGGUAAACAAGUCCUGCAUAAAACAGGUGAGAAAUUUGUUUCUGUGUUAAAGAGAAUCAGUAAAUUUGUCCGUGAUGAAGCCACUGAGCUCCGAGUGAGAUGUCUGGAUACUCUAGCCCACCUGUUCACAUUACCUGUGGAACAGCAGACGGAUGAUCUUCUGCUGUUGACAGAGUCUUGGUUUACAGGUCUGAGCUCUCAGCCGAUGGCGAUGAUACGGAACGUAAGCACACAGCCGUUCCCUGAGCUCCACUGCAGAGCCCUAAAGAUCUUUACUGCCAUCGGCUGCCAGCCGUGGGGACAGCGGCUCAUGAUGGACACGCCCGGAUUCGUGGAGUGGGUGAUGGAUCGCUCUGUGGGAAAGGGAAAAGAAGUCAAAGAUUGUAAAUUCGCACUUGUGACGUCGAUCUUGAGCUCCUCGAGCACUCAGGAGAUCUUCGGAGCACAGAAUUACUUAAAGCUGAGGAUUUACGUGAAAGAAGGGCCGUAUUACGUCCACGCCAUGUCUACUGUCUGCACAGAGGGGGCAGACUGAGUCACACACUUUCUAUCACAAUAUUUUUUCUAUACUUCCAGUUUUUCUAAUGUCUUCGGUGCAGAUAAAAUGUGACCAAAUGCUCUUUAGAUAAUUCUUUCUAGAAUAAUAUUAAUUUACAGCACUUAUAUACACACACAUCUAUUUGUACUUUCACUAUAUAAACUGAGUUGAAUUUGGUUUUGCUUGUAUCUCGUUGUGCCAUAAAUGAAUAAAUAAGGAUAUUGUGGGUGUUGA